GCCAUUUUCAACCGGUAAAACCCGCAUAAAUGAGACAACACCUACACACGUGCAGUAGAUGUACUGGCGGGCAGAUGAUUGGCCGGCUGAUGUUCAUCAUGAAGGAGCAUUGAAUUACCGUACAUUACAAGAUUUACGAACAACGACAAUCGUAUAAUCACACAGUAUGGAAGGAGCACAGCGAAAAGACCUUGCAUUCAUAAAGUUUAUGUAAACAUUCAGAUACGAUUCGAUUGUGUAAGUGUAGUGUCGCAAAAAGAAAUAUUCAUCGAUCCAUCAUCUUUGGUAGUGUCCUAGACUUAACUCAGAGUGAUUCUAGAGUCGAGAGAGCGAUGACAUCGUUCCGAAGUGCUGCUGUAAUCAUUUUACUAGCUCUGGCUCUAUCAGUAGUUUUUCUUCAUGCAGUUGAAGACCAAAGAUUGAUCCCGACGUUCGAUGAUUCCCCUAAUGGGGAGUAUGUGGUUGUGCCAAAUGAACCCAAGUCUCUCGACGACUGCCACUUUCGAUACUACGAGUUUGGAAAAGAUUCAAUUAACAAGCCUACGUUCGGCAUUCCCGCUUACCUGCGAGAGUUUGCACACAUGGCAGCCAUCGGAUGGACUCAACCGGACACAACCAUCUUAUGGGAUUGUGGAGGAUCGCUAAUCUCGGAGCAAUUCGUCCUAACAGCAGCCCACUGUGCUCAAAGAAAUGUGCCAGACUGGGUUAGGCUAGGGGAUAUAAAUCUGCAUAAUAACACAGAUGACCAGUACGCUGAACAGAUAAGAAUAGUGGAAUUCCUGGCUCAUCCGAAUCAUAGUUUCCUCUAUGAGUAUAAUGACAUUGCUCUGCUGCGACUAGAACACAAAGUUAAAUUACAUGACACGGUGGCUCCGGCGUGCCUGUGGAACGAUGAGGAAAUCCGUUUCAAAACAUUAGAGGCAGCUGGUUGGGGAGAAAUAGGGUUUUUCCAGGGGAAUACACCAACGCUGUUGAAGGUGCUUUUAAGCCCACUUGCAAGAAACCGCUGCAGCACUUUCUUUGAUUCUAAUCAUCGAUUACCCAAUGGAUUAAAUAACCACCAAAUGUGUGCGACACAUCCUUUAAUGGAUACCUGUCGGGGUGAUUCUGGAGGUCCUUUGCAGGUGAAGCUACUUCACAAUGCCCGCCUUACCCCUUUUGUCGUAGCUGUGACAUCUUUCGGGAGGCCGUGUGGUCAAACUGUCCCCGGUAUUUACACUCGAGUUGCCCCGUAUAUUUCAUGGAUACAAGCCGUGCUGAAAGCAAGUGGUGAAAAUGAUACAGAUUAUAUGCAGGAGCCUGAGUCAUGUGCGCGGAAGUAUGUGGAUCUACGAGAAUACGAACCAAGAGUAGUGCUGUCGAAGGAUAAUAUGCAGGAGAAGCUUGACCUGAGUAAAGCGCAUUUGUAUAGGGGUUCAUCGCAGCAGUUAGUCGGGAUUCAUUGGAAUAGUCAGCCGACGAAUAGCUCAAGCGAAUGCUAUGGUGUCAUCAUUGAUGAGAGUACGGUACUUACACUUGCUCGCUGUACUGAGGUCAAUGGAUCAGAACCAACGUACGUAACGUCUGCAGGGAACAAAACCAACAUCAUCACCAAUAGUCAUAAGCAUCCCGCGUAUGUAGAGGGCUCGUUUAGGAAUGAUAUCGGAGUGCUGAAGGUGAACGAACCCUUCGAAUUCAAUGCCGAUUUUACACCAGCGUGUGUCUGGACCAAAGAGAGCUUCCUUGAGCCAGAAAUCGAGGUCUCAGCAAGAGGUCUUCUGGAACUAAAUAGAAUAUACAUCGAAGCAGCGCCCGAGUUCAACCGUAUCUCUAUGCAAAAUACAGUUGAUGUCCUGGGUAUAGUCAAUGAGCAGAACGAAACCAACUGUUUAUUACCCACGCAGUACGCAGACCGGUUGCCAAAUGGACUGACACAGGAACAUGUUUGCUUCGGAGCAGAACCGUUUCUAGUACCCAAAACGUGCAAACAGGCAUUUGGAGGGCCUUUGCAGAGAGAGACAUUUCGCUAUGGGCGAAGCUUGAUGUACGUGAACGCCCUGAACCUGGUCGGUAGAGACUGUGGAUUCGGUGAAUCGGCUUUAGCCAUCCGUCUAUCGCAUCAUAAACAAUGGCUAGAAUCAGUUCUUUACCCUCCAAGAAAAACCGAGAUUGUGCAUAAGAGACGACCAGUAGUAUUUCUGCACGAAGCACUGAAGGAAGGAGACAACUGCACUACGUCCAAGGGCAUAACAGGAAUCUGCGUUAACUAUUUGUUCUGCCCGAAAGUGACGCAUGACGGUAUGAAUGGCCGUGAGGUGAUGUUCUGUAAAACAGGAUCUCUGGUAUGCUGCCCGUAUCGAUACAUUCGAAAUGGAACGAAUAGUGAUGCAGAAGGUAUGGAAUCUUGCAAACGCAUAGAAGAAGCAAAUAGCGAUGAAGAAGAAGAAAGCGGCGACGACAGAACCGCUUCGUUAGUGCAUGUGGUUUCAAUCCUUUGGACAAAUGAUGGGGAGGAACGCCGCUGCAUUGGAACGAUCAUUUCGAGCAGAACCGUAUUGACGGCUGCAAGAUGCUUACACGCGUCGAAGCAUCCAUCGCAUGUAGAAUUGCUUAAGUCAACUAGAAGGGUUCGAUUUAUUGUGGAAGAAGUUAUAGUCCACCCAGAGUUUAAUAACGAGACGAAGAAGCACAAUUUGGCGUUAAUCAAGACAAAGGACACAAGCCAACAGGAAGAGUUUCUGAUGCCAAGCGCUUGCUUGUGGAGAAACUCAACGCACACACCAUUCAUGAUGGAGCAGCUCGUUUUGGCUGACGAAUCCUACGAAACUAAGGAUGCUCAUGUGAAGUUCAACACCGACUGCCGGAGAGCCAUGAGACGUGCUGUGAAACCUUCCGAGCUGUGCUUGAAGGUAGAGGAAUCGGACGAAUCAACUGUAUCAAUUGACGAUGGCAUGCCAGUAUUCUGGUCGAAUCGUGAUAGAAGAUAUCUGGUUGGAAUAGUCAGUCGUCGAUCGUCUGUUUCGGAUCGUUCCAUCGUUUUGUACACUCGCAUCUCAUCCUAUGUCGAUUGGAUUAAAUUGGAACUGUAAGCUGUUGAUGCGUUUUUUGUUUAACAAACCAGAAAUUGUAUUUUGAUUUUUAAACAAUCUGAAAGCCAACAUGGUAAACGAGACAUCGACCGUGAGUAGCAUUUGGAGGCCGAUGCACUAUUUGUUUUCGUUUUAAGCUCAAGAUCAGUACACUCACGUGGUAUGCAAGCUGCCAAUGCUUCGGUAUCAUAAUAUAUUUUGUCAGUUGUUCCCUCGAUCGCUUCUAUUUUCUUGAAGAUGAUUGUAUUAUGGCGGGCAGAUGAUGGCAGAUAAGAGCAAGUAUCAGAUUAGUUACAGAGUUCUCGGACAGAUGUGUAGCCGGAAGAGGCGGACAUCCUUCAGCAUUGCGUUUCCGGAGAAACAUCGGUUUUGCUCUCCGCAAGCUGCUGAGUUGUGUUUCGCAACCGUCGCGCAUCUUCCAACGGAGGCAUGUUAAUU